AUGUCAGACUACGGUAACUACAGCAGCGAGGAGGGCUCGACUGGGGAAAUAGACUUUCCCAAAACUCCCGGUCAGCCGCAGCAGGAGCAGCAAGAAGGUGGCGAGAAUGAAGUUGACAUGGACAGCGACGGAAGCAGCAGCAAUGGCGGAGGCAGCAGCAGCAGCGACGAGAGCAAUGCUGAGAGCGACAAAAGCGACGACAACAUCAGGAGAAGCAGCAAAAAGAACAAAAUCAGUGACGACGACGAAGAAGUGGAGGAAGAAGGUGAUAAUAAUGAUAAACACAAAGACAGCGACCGAGAAAGAGACUCCGACGGAGCCGGUGACAGAGACGAGGAGAUGCGGGACAUUGAAGGAGGAGAGGAGGAGAAUGGCGAACCUAGUUCCGCCAAUGCUGUCCCGGAUAACACUGACAACCGAAACAACAACGUCGACGAUGAGGACGACGACGAUGAUGAUGGCAAUGACGAGGCGAGGCAGCGUCUGCUCCGCCUGGAGAGCCUCGGCCUGGACAUGGAGGACGACGAUGAGGAGGCGGGGGCGGAGGCCGGCGAGCGCCAGGAGGUGACUCGAACCGAGGCGGAGGCGCCGCGGAUGAAGAUCAACUUCAAGGCGGAGGAGUUCAAGUCGGUGGACUACGUGAAGCUGCCCAACUUUCUCAGCAUCGACACGCAUCCCUUUGAUCCGCAGACGUACGAGGACGAGGCCUGCGACGAUGAUCGGCAGGACGACGAGGGCCGCGCUCGGCUGAAACUGAAGGUGGAGAACACCAUUCGGUGGCGGCGGGUGGUGGACGAGGACGGCAACGAGGUGGACCGGGAGAGCAACGCCCGCAUCGUCCGCUGGUCCGACGGCACCUGCUCGCUCUACCUGGGCGAUGAGAUCUUCCACAUGACCAGGCAGUCGCAGGGUGGUGAUAAUAAUCACCUCUUUAUUCGCGACCAGGCGGGCUGGUCGGCCAUUCUAAAUCACUUUCUAAAACAACCACAGGCGCAGAGCAUCUUCAAGAGCAAGCUCACCUUUCGCCCCUCCUCCACGGACAGUGUCACCCACCGGAAGCUGACGCUGUCGCUGGCCGACCGCAGCCAGAAGACGCAGAAGAUCUGCGUCCUGCCCAGCGUCGGCAUCGACCCGGAUGCGCACCGCUCGGAGAUGAUCAAGAAGGAGGAGGACCGCCUGAAGGCGUCCAUUCGCAAGGAGAACCAGACACGGCGGCUGAAGGACCGCGUCUACACUGGUCGGACGGGAAUCAACUCGAGCUUCCUGGAGGACAAUGACGAGGACGAUGAGAGCAUCUCCAUCGCCAAGAUUAAGAACCAGUACAAGAGCGGUGGUGGUGGUGGUCAGUCGCAGUCGGCAGUGUACAGCAGCAGUGACAGCGACUCCAGCGAUGAUGACUUCAAGGGCAAGCGACGCCACUGA